AUGCCUCCAGUGCGAAAUCCCAUCCUCCCAGGGUUCAACCCCGAUCCGUCGAUUCUUCGCGUCGGAGAUGACUAUUACAUCGCCACCUCCACGUUUGAGUGGUAUCCAGGCGUGCAGAUCCACCACUCGAGGGAUCUUGCCAACUGGGAGCUCGUCGUCCGCCCGCUCAACCGCAAGACCCAGCUUGACAUGCGCGGAGACCCCGACUCUGGAGGAAUCUGGGCGCCGUGCCUGACACACGACGGGGACAAGUUCUGGCUCGUGUACACGGACGUGAAGCGACGGGAUGAUGCGUUCAAGGACACACACAACUACAUCGUCAGCGCGCCCGCCAUCGAAGGCCCGUGGUCCGACCCCGUGUUUGCCAACUCGUCGGGCUUUGAUCCUUCGCUCUUCCACGACGACGACGGCCGAAAGUGGUUCGUCAACAUGCUUGCCGAUCACCGUCGUCGACCGAGGCUGUUUGCCGGCAUCGUGUUGCAAGAGUUUGACGUCAAGUCUGGGAAGCUGGUCGGGCCCAAGAAGAACAUCUUCCCGGGCACUGAACUGGACCUUACUGAGGCGCCGCAUCUGUACAAGCGCAACGGAUGGUACUAUCUGUUGACGGCUGAGGGAGGCACAAUGUAUAGCCAUGCCUGCACUUUAGCCCGAUCUCGAGACAUAUGGGGCCCGUACGAGACGCAUCCUCAAAAGUACAUCCUGACCGCCAAGGACGCGCCCUUUGCAGCUCUGCAAAAGGCUGGUCACGGCGACUUUGUGGAUACGCCGGACGGUAGGACAUACCUCGUCCAUCUCGCCGGACGGCCUGUGGGCCAGAAGCGCCGCUGCGUUCUUGGCCGGGAGACGGCAAUCCAGGAAGCGUACUGGGGGGAUGACGACUGGCUCUACGUCAAGAACGGUCCGGUCCCAUCCCUGUUUGUCGAUGUUCCCGGAACGGCCGACGAUACUGCGUACUGGGCAGAGCAACACUACAUCUUUGAUAAGGAGCUCCACAAGGACUUCCAGUGGCUUCGGACGCCGGAGCCGGAGCGCAUAUUCUCUGUUGAAGGCAGGAAGCUGAAACUCAUUGGGCGAGAGUCAAUCGGGUCUUGGUUCGAGCAGUCGCUAGUAGCGCGUCGUCAAACCCACUUCUCAUAUGAUGCAGAGACGAUCGUUGACUACUCGCCGACGGACGAGCGGCAGUUUGCUGGGCUGGUCGCUUACUACAACCGGUACAACUACUUCUACCUGGCCAUCACUGCGGAUGCAGAAGGCCAGCGCGAACUCCAGAUCAUGAGCUCCAAGGCGGCGUGGCCGGCCUCCAAAUUGGCAGCCCCGGAGGAUCAAUGUGUCUCGAUUCCACAGGAAGGAAAGGUCCGGUUGGCGCUGAGCAUCCGGGGUGGCCAGACAUUGCAGUUCGCAUACGCGUUGGAGGCGGAGAAGGAACUCAAGAGCUUCGGUCCCGUCUUUGACGCUACAGUGCUGUCAGACGAGUCAGACGGCGAUAUCAGUCAUGUCCAGUUCACGGGGGCCUUUGUGGGUAUGGCAUGCUCCGAUCUCAAUGGGACGGCUUUGGAGGCUAGGUUCGAUCAUUUCGUUUACCGGCCAGUCCGUCAUGAGCUCGAUCGGUACGAGGUGUGA